CUUUGUGUUUCGUUUUUACGUGUCUUUUUGGGAUGAUUAUGAGUCUUUGGGAUUGAUUUGUGUCUGUUUGUGUGGCCCUGUGUUUAUUUAGUGGUUGUUUUGUGACUUUCUGGAAUCAUUAUGCAUCUUAUUUUGUCCCUUUGUAGUGGUUUUGUGUCUCUCUUUUUUUGGUCAUUGUUGUGUAUUUCUUUGUCCCUCCUUGUUUUUUGUGUCUCUUUGGGACCAUUAUGAGACUUGGUAGUUAUUUUUUCUAGUUGUAGUCGUCUUCUUAUCUCUUGCAUCUCUUAGUAGUAGUUUUGUAUCACUUUGUCUUUGUUUUGCGUCUCACUGUUUUGCCUGUCCGUAGUUGUUUUGUGUCUUUCUUUUGAUUUUAAGUCUCUCUGUAGUUGUUGCUUCAUUGUCGUUGUGGUUCAAUUUUGUGAGUUUUUAGUUGUUUAGCCUAUUUUUUGUGUCACUUAGUAGUUUUUUGUGUGUAUUUGUCGUCAUUUUCACAGUAGUUUUUUUGGUUGUGACUCAUGACCAGGGUCAGUCCAAAGUCUUCCUCCUUUUUUUAUUGUUGUUUGUUAAUGCUAAUUGUUUUGCUAGCUAAUUGUUUUGUCCUCCGCAUUAUCGCUUCCGGCUGGUGACGUCACACAGCCGGAGCGCGUGCGGCUUGUGUGUAUCGGUGAAAACAGGGAAGCUCGGAGAAAGUCCACCUCAGCCCGAAACUCUGCGCAAAACUUCAGAGUUUUAAGAACUAACCGCAAAGAUCGGACCGAUUCACUUGUCGGAAGCUGGCGAACACGGAGCCGAAGUGUGUAACUGAACCCGGGCGUCAUUUCGGCCGAUGAAGUUGACGGUGUUUGGGUGAACUUGUCUCGAAAAAGCAAGAGGAGGAGGAGGAGGAGGAGGAGGAGGAGGAGGAAUAAUGUCACCGUUUUUCUGAGCCAACUCCAUUUUCUAUCUGAGCUGGAGGAAGGGAAAUAAAGGGAUAAAGAGGUGAAAGGGUAAGGGAUAAAUAAAUAGGUGCGUAAAUAAAUAAAGAGCAGGAGAAAUGGCCGAGGCUCGGCCGGAGGAAGAGGAGGAGAACAUGAUGAGGGACACCCGGGAACAAGUGGUCCGACGACCGCCGAACAGCUCCGGAGGUCGUCGAAAACCAGAAAACCGUCACAGCCAGGGUCCUCUCUCGUCCAUCAGAGCAGCCAUCAAGAGAACCUCCAACCGGUCGACAUCUGUCUCUGAGACGUCCAGAGACAGAGACAGAGACAGAGAGAGAGAACGAGACAGAGACAGAGAGAGAGAGAGAGAGCGAGAGAGAGACAGAGAACGAGACAGAGAUAGAAGGCGACCAGAGAUCACCAUCCUAUCUGCAGAGCCACUGGCCUCCACUUCCUGGUUCCCUGGCGCUGCUGGUGGAUUCCCACCUCCGCCUCCUCCUGCUGCUCAGAUCUGGGGACCCACGAUCCCUCCAUCCAUACAGCCUCCUCCGUCCUAUGAGGAGGUGAUCAGGGAGAAAACACAGGAGCAGGUCCUCCUCCCUUCCUCCUCCACCUCCUCUUCAUCACCGCCCCCCCAGCGUCCAGUUCCCGCAAAGACGACCAUCGCCACCCAGACUGAUGCAGAAUCUGCCCCCGACCCCGAGGAGCCACAAGCACAAAGACCAGUGAGGCCACCACGACCACGUCUCCCCUUCACUCCAAAGCCGUCCCAUGCUGACGAAGCCACCCUUGCCACCACCAGCCAAUCAUCGCCCACCUCCUUUGGUUGUAACAGCGUUGCGACAAGCACGCAAUGCAGCGACCUCGUCACUGAUCUCCCUUUGACCACGACCUCUGGUUCUCAGACUGCCGAGGCGUCUCCUCCCAGCACCUCCUCUCAAGUGCCACUGGAGCGCCCUAGGCCACGCCCACGCUCAAGGGUCGGCAUCCAGCCAAUCAGCAGAGAGGUUAAAGUUCAGACUUUGGUGAAGCUUCGGGAGGACGGUUUGGCCACGCUAGCCGCCCGCAACCAAAGUGACGCCGCCGGCCAGGAAGCGAGCCAAGGGAAGUACCUUCAGGAGCUGCUUGAGGCGUUCAGCUCGGACGACUGGGGCUUCCCUGAUCACCGUAGCGACAGCAGCGGACUAAGCCAAUCGGAGAGCGAACAGGAAGAAGAGGAAGAGGACAUGGCGACGCUGAGAGCGAGGAUACAAGCUUUUGAGCAGCAGCAGCAGCAGCAGCAGCAGCAGCAGCAGCAGGUGGGCGAUGGAGCAGUCGAGGGGGGCGUUGUCGCGAAGAAGCCAGAACCGCGACCUCGUCCUCGUCUCCAACCAACCAAAUCUGCCCCUCCUGUCAUCGCGCCAAAACCCAAAAACUUUUCGCAUGGUCUCAAACCAUCCAGCAAAGUAUUCUGGGAAGACUCGGCUUCAACAGGUGAACCAGACACAACUGGAUUAAACCCUAAAUCUCAAACUGCUACAGAACCGAUUUGUUCACCGGCUCAACCGUCAGUGACUUCAAAACCUCAGUCUGAUGCUGAACCCCUCUUAUCCAGCGCCCCUGUCCCGGCUCCUAGACCCCCUCCACCUAAACUCGCCGCCUCUGUCGGUGACACACCCAACCCCAAACCCCCGCCCAGACCUGCAGUCGCCCCCAGAGCAGGCAGCGUGGUGGUGCUACACCAGGAUAAGAGCGCUACAGACGGGCACACCCCCCCGACUCUGCCCCAGAGACCCUCUGUAGAGGUCGGCAGUGGAGUACCGUCGGAGACCGGAAGUGAUGCAGCUCACGCCGCCGCAAACCAAACUGUGAAAGUAGGGAGCGUUCGUCCCGGCGUGCCGACCAAACCAGCAGCACUGACCUCGCCACGCAGAGCCAGCGCCCCAAAUCUGGCCCCUAAACCCACCGGAGUUUCACCAGCCGCCCCAGAUCCAAACACAGUCCAAGCUAAACCUACAGCUGCUGCCCCGACUAUAGCCCCCAAACCUACGGGGCCGGCCCCGGCCAAACCCCCAACUCCAGCUCCAGCUCCAGCUUUGAGGAAAGGUCCUGUGCUCCAGACCAAAGCAGAACCUGCCAACGCUGCAAACCCAACCUCCUCGGACCCACCUCUUCCUCCACGUCCAUCCAGUGUGAAACUCCUUCCUCUUCGUCCUCCACCAAUCAAAUCCACCCCGGGGAGGCCGCCACCUCCAGCUACAACCAACCAGAUCCCUCCUGCUUCUAAGACGACUCCCACCAACCAGUCUUCGUCAUCGUCAUCAUCAUCAUCAUCAUCACCACAGACUCCUCCUCCUCCUUCAUUAACAGCCAGUCAGACUCAAGCUCAGAAGGCACCAAAGAGAGGCCCCCCUCUUCCACCACGCCCCAAACCUGGACACCCUCUCUACAACAGCUACGUGAAACAGGAAGUCCUGAUUGUGCUCGAUGACCCGACCCCCUCACCCUCUGAGCCUCAGUCGGACGAAGGGAAGGUUCCUUCCACCGUCACGCCUCCCGUCAACCCGUCUCAAUGUCUCCUGGACCUGGACACCCAACCAGAGCCUGUCCAGGACCAGGACAGCCAGUCGAAAUCUGGGUUAGAAGGCCUGAGCAUAUCAGACUCCCAGUCCAUCCUUCCUGUGCAGCCUUCUGAGCAGAAAGAGCAGCCAGACCCUCCUCUGGUCAGCGGUCCUCGAUGCGUCGCCGUGUUUGACUACGAGGGAGAGGAAGAGGACGAGCUCACCUUCUCCCAGGGCGACGUCAUCUCCCUCCUAGAGCUCGUUGGGGAAGAGUGGGGGCGUGGCCAGAUCCACGGGCGAAUCGGAAUAUUCCCCCUGAACUUCGUAGAAGUGGUGGAGCCCCUCCCACAGCCGACGACGUCGACCGGGGAAACGACCAAGACACCACGGACGGACACAACAGUGAUAGAGAGUACGGCACCAAAGAAGUCACAGAUCCCAGACUCAGAGGCAGAGGAGUGGGCUGUGGCUCUGUUCGACUUCCCCGGUCAGACUGCAGAGGAUCUGUCCUUCCACAAGGGGGCGAUGAUCCAGGUGACGGAGCACAUCGAUGCAGAGUGGAGGAGAGGAAGACUGGAUGGGAAGGAGGGGCUUUACCCUGCGGCCUUCACGAAACCCUGCCAGGCUCAGCCAAUCCCAGACCAGGAAGCUGAGGUUAAAGGAGUGGCCAAGGCUCUGUUUGACUUCACAGCAGAGAGCGAGGAGGAGCUCACACUAAAGGUCGGUGACGUUGUCACACAGGUGGAGUCUCUGGAUGAGCAGUGGAUUAUGGGAGUUGUGGGCGGGAAGCGUGGGAUCGUGCCUAAAAACUACAUUUCACUUUUUUGAGCAGAAAUUCCAAAACAGACGAUGGGGAAAAAACAAAAGUUCUUCUGGUAAACGAGUCUGGAUUUGUUUUUUUGUUUUCCUUUUUAAUGGAAACCUUAUUUUUGACACCACGGGGAGUUCAUGACUAGAAGGACACAACAAUGAGAUCUGGCAUAUUUUUUUUUUUUUUUGUUUGUUUUUUCUCCACACGAGGUGGGUUGGUUACUAAAGAGGAGAACUCUGACCCAGAGCUGAAUGGACCUUUGAAUGUCUUAACUACCAAUUGUUGGGAUUACUUCUGCACAUGUGGACUACAGUUGCUAUUUUUGGUUCAUUGGACUCAAGAAAAUCCCCCCAAAAAAUAACUCUUAAAGCACAACUGCCUUAACUCUGAGCUCGUUAAAAAUGGAUCUACAAAUCGAUCCACGCGAUGGGGGAAACGAUGGAUAAAGAAGAUCUGAAAUUUGGACGUUUGCUCCACAAAUCCACCUUUAGACGACUUCCAUCUCUCUCUAUGUCUUUGGUAUCCGAUGUUAAAAGUUUUGCGACGUGUCUGUGAAUGUGAAAUUAGGCCGACUUGCGGGAUUCAAGCUAAAAUGGACUAAUUGCCUUUUGACUAAUUGAAUAUAUCUGAUAGCUGUUCUCAUGCCGAGCCACAAGACGUUAGAAAACAUGGAGCUCUGACCUGUAUCGUUACAUCAUAUGUGACAAAAUGUACUUUUUUUGAGAAAAGGUAAGUACGAAAUAUUUGGUUAUUUGGAAUAACCGUACAAAAGUGUUUUGCAUUAUGACACCUGUAGCUAUAUUUUAAACGUCUAUGAAUUUAUGUUUUUUUUUUUUUUUUUGUCUACUACACUCCCUGGAGCUUUGACGGUUAAAUCAUUCCACUUGACAUGAGGAACACUAAAGCCAGUUUUAAGGCUGUGAACGUACGCAUCAUGUAGGUGACAAUUAAAAGACGUUGCCAUCUUGUUUCCUUAACACAAACUUGUGCUGCCUUUGGGAAAAGUUGUGCGAUACGUUUUAAUUAAACACAUCUGAAUUUAAGAGCAUGAAUAAAUGGCAAGCAGGCAUGUGUUUCACUAAUAAACUAAAGGAAACGACCGGUGGCUGCUGUAAAGUCUUUAAAGUCUUAAAGUUUUGACAUUAAGGAUCAAAAAGCUUGUUUGACGGGUUAAUUUCUAAGAAGGAAUCCCCCGUUCCCAGACUGAACGUGAGUCGUAUUUGUCAACUGAAAGUCAGAAUGACGCUGAUGAUCCGCGGUGAUCACAGAUUUCAGAUUAUUUUAAGGUAAUAAACUAAUAAACGUUGUCUUUAGUUAUAUGUGUAACACUUAAAAGUCCAAAAUGUUCAAAUCAAAACUAAAUAAGUUGCUUUUCACAUGGUCAACAAUUUUCCAGUGUUUAUUUAUUGUCUGUGCCAUGUGAUUCUGUACGUCUGUGAAGCCAAAUUUACAUAUAGAUGCCAGAUGAUGGUAGAUGAGCAGUAUUUUACUUAAAUAGUUGUGUCUUGACGAGUUGUUUUCAAAUUAAUUUGUGACAUGUUAAGAGUCCUGAAGAGGCGUUUGUGUAAAAGAAACAAAAUCAUCUACAUUUACUACAGUAGCUUUUCGUAUUUUCUCAUAUUUUAACAGUCAAUAAUUUUUGCCGCAUCUGCUGCUGUGCAGAGAAACCAGAUCAGAUCAUUACGACCGAUUUGGUGGCAGCUGAUCAGAAAACAUAUUUUGCUUGACGUCUUUACCUUGUUGGAGUGGUUCUGUAGCAGUUGAGUGACUGUAAAUGUCGUGUGAGUGUAAGACAGAAAUCUCAUGUUUAACCAAACAUUCCAACUUUUUUUUUCAAUGCAAAUAAAACUUUGACACAUUUUGUCA